AUGUCGAGCAUCGACGGGGUCGACAAGUCGGUCGACCAGCUUCACCCUGCGGCUCAAGGCUCGAGCAGCCCUACACAGACCUCGAUCGAGCAGGCUCAAACCUCGCAUAGCACCGAGUCAGGCCCGGUCUCGGCACAGCCCGACGAUAAGACGCGACCUUCGGAGGAGCCCGCCGCCGCCAUGCGGUCUCUGAGCAUCGCAGACACGCAGGAGAGCAGCGCAGCAGGCGAGAGCUUGGCGGCCGAGCCUAGCCCGGCGGAACACCCUUCGGAGACCACUGAAUCGACUGCGACGACGACAGAACAGGCGCCGGCAGCUUCUCAGCCGGCGGCUGAGCCGACCGAGGCCGAAGCUUCUGCGGAGCCCAAGACGGACGACUCGACAGGCGAGGCCUCGGGGGCUCGGAGCGAACGGCUAGCGGACUCGAUCGCGGCCGCCGAGCAAGCCGACGAGGCGGUCCAGCCCGCUGCGGCAGACCCGAACGAGAGCGACUGCGACGGCGUCGGAGAUCCGCAGCGGCCAGGUGAGGAGAUUCAAGAGGCGGGCAGCGGCGCCACCGCAAAGCGAGCCUCUAUCGCAGCGGCGGAAGAAGCCGACGAAGAGACGGAAGCGCCGGCAGUAGAGGAGCAGGCUGGUGCUGCGCCGGCCGAUGCAGCGGCCCACGUAGCGGCGAGCAGCGAGGGCGGCGAUGCACCGACUACAAGUACGGAGGCCAACCCAGGCCGACAAGCCUCCGAACCGGAUCGCACUACUCCUCAGCCAGAGGACCGGCCCUCUUCGUCUCCUGACACAUCAGCCACAGCGUCUGCACCGGUCGAGAUCGAGGACAAGGCUGCAGCCGCGGACCCUGACGUAUCUGCCACCGCCGUCACCACGAGCACCCACGACCACGUCGAUUCGCCCGCCCAAGGUGAUGCGACAGCCCCGGCGACGCCCACCAAGGCUGCAACGUCCAACAGCGCCGACUCGGUCCGGGGCAGAGCGGCGCUCGCUGACCCAGCCAGCGUCGCUGCGGUGGCGCAGGCAUUUGGACGCACAUCCUCGGGCCGUUCGAGCGCCGAAAACAGCCGGCCCAGCAGCCGCACCGGCGUGGCAUUGAGCCAAAAGAGCCUGCCUUCCUUCCCCAACGAGACGGGCGCCGCUGGUGCCGGCGAUCCUAGCUCGGGCACGGCUUCGUCUUCCACCGACGCCGCUGCUGGCGCUAACCCCACCGCUUCGACGAUGACGACGGCGACGAGUCCCGUUUCGUCGGAUCAGGCCGAGGCCAAAGGCGAUGGGACCCGCACUGAGCCUACCGGAUUGCUCUCGCCCAACCCCACGACGCCCCUCGAGGGCGGCAGCGGGGCCGAGAGGCGGUCCAGCGGCAGCUCGGCCAGCGGCAUCAAGAUCGGCAAGGGCCCUCCGCCCACCACGCAGGCCAGCGAGGAGCUGCCGUUCGACUUCAACCGCUUCCUCGAGCAGAUGAAGCACCGCAGCGCCGGGCCCGUGGGCGAGUACGUGCGCAGCUUCAUCAAGGGCUUUGCCAAGAAGCCGUACCGCACCGCCGACCAGAUCAAGCUCAUCUUUGACUUUCUGGCGUUUAUCUCGGAGCGGAUGAAGGAGUGCGAGGUGUGGGCGUCGCUCAACGACGUCGAGUUUGAGAACGCCAAGGAGGCCAUGGAGAAGCUCGUCAUGAACCGCCUCUACCCGUACACGUUUACGCCCGCCGUCCAAAAAGAGGGGCGCUGGAGCGUCCAGACCGACGACCUCGAGCGCGACCGCAUCCUCAAGCAGCGCAUCAAGCUGUUUGGCUGGCUCAAGGAGGAGCAUCUCGACGUGCCCGUCGGCGACCACUCGAGGGGGUUCAUUGAGUUUUCCAUCCAAGAGCUGCUCAAGAUCAACCACUACAAGGCGCCGAGGGACAAGCUCAUCUGCAUCCUCAACUGCUGCAAGGUCAUCUUCGGCAUGAUCCGCCAUCUCUCGACCGAGGAAAACGCCGACACGUUUAUCCCCGUCCUCAUCUUUGUCGUGCUCAAGGCCAACCCGGACAACCUCAUCUCGAACGUCGAGUACAUCAGCCGUUUCCGCAAUCCGGAACGGCUCUCGAGCGAGUCGGGCUACUAUCUCUCGAGCCUGAUGGGUGCGAUUGCCUUCAUCGAGACCAUGGACUAUACCUCGCUCUCGAACAUCACGCAGGAAGAGUUUGAACGCAACGUCGAGCAGGCGGUGCAGGCCAUCCCCGAGCCCGAGUCGCCCGUCAUCCGGAGCGGGCCCAACGAGACGCCGCCGCGCAUGCCCGGAUCCAGCCUGUUUGCGCCCGGCGGCCAGCACCAGCAUCACAUGUUCGACGACUAUGACACGGCCGGGCGCCGCAACCUCCUCGCCGGCCGGGGCGUCGGCGGCGGUGCUGGGCGCGGCGACGAGGAGCUCGACGCCUACGACGACGACGACGACGAUGACGAAGCCGGCGACCAGGACACGCCCAACGCCGCCGCCGUCGAGCGGAUGCGGCGACGCCGACAGAUGCAGCAUGACUUUGGCGGACGAGGGGGCUACGUGCCGCCCUUUUUGGCCGAGGCGCAGGCGCAGGCGCAAGCGCCGGGGCAGCAGCAGCAGCAGCAGAACACGCCGACACGGCCGUUUCCGGGCGGCGAGGAGCGGACGCUGACCCGAGGACCGCUCCACCCCUCGGCGGCCGAUCCGACGCAGCAGGCGCUCCAGCAGUCGCUGCUCGAGCACCAGCGCCAGCAGCACAUGCAGGCCGAGGAAGAGGCGCAGCAGAGCGCCGGGAUCGCCACGCUCAAGAGCGUCUUCCCGGGCAUCGACACGUCCGUCGUCCAGCUGGUGCUCGAGGGCUGCGAGGGCGACGUCGAGAUGGCCAUCGACCGGCUGCUCGAGAUGCAGUAG